CUAUAUAUAUAUAUAUAUAUAUCGCCUUGAGUGACAUUUGCAUUGAAUUUUUGCAUGGGGUGGGGACAAGACGCUAAGAACACACAUGUUGGCUACUUUGCAAAUCUCUCUUGCGCUUUGGAGUUGCAGAGGUGUGCUUUCUUGUCACCAUGAACUUCUGCGCUUUAACUCUUCUCCUGGGAUCCUUCUCCAUCAUUGCACAUUGUGUUUUCCCUCCCGGUUCUUGCGAUAGCUACGUCAACAUUACGGAACCAUAUCGCAACAUCGCCUUUACGUCAAGUUCCUUCAGUGGCUACUCGCACGAUGACGGCGGCCUUUCCAGACAGUGGUCACGCUUCACUGGAAUCGGCGGAGACAGAAUCGUGCAAAGCCGCCACUCGGGACCACGGGGCGGCUUCCGGUACCCCAUCUGUUUUCAAUUUAAUCAUCCAACCGAGGAGUCGUCAACGGCGUCGACAGGGACUGCAUAUGUUUAUGCUGGAGGGUGUGAUAGUCAUAGCAUCGCAAUGGAGGUGGUCCUCUGUCCAGGAAGCUUCUACAUCUUUAAACCAGUAAACCACCCACAGUCCAGUUCAGGCUUCAUAACCUGUAAGAGAAUGGAAAUCAUCGUCGUUAUUGACCUCGUGACGUUGGCUUUGUUUGAUUCCUGUAUUACCCGAAUCUGGUUUGGUGACUUGUGUGUACUGGAAGGACGAAUCGGACGAGACGAUGAGAUGGUUGGCAAGCCUCCACCGGAGGAUUCUUUUUUAGAGUGGCUGAACCGAAUGUGCAUCAUAGUGGGACUCUUCUUCUUUGCUUUGUGCAUCCUCACCUUCCUGCUGUGCAGCUGGAACCCCAAAAUCAACAACACGGCACGUCUUCACUUGUGUCUCAACAUGGCCUCGUCCCAUCUCCUGCUCUUGACCGAUAUGUGGAGCAUGAGCUGGCCUGCACCGUCAUUGCGGGGCUCCUUCACUUCUUAG